AUGGAGGCGCUGGGCUUCAGAGCAGAGGCAUUGAACGCUGGGCCUCGUAAACGACACAGGCUUGCGCUAGGCAAGCAGGCCACAUGCGCUGGGCUAGACCACGAGGUGCGCACUGACGCUGCAAGGGCUUGGUGUGAUGGGCUCGAGCUGGAGGGUGCGCUUGUAUUGACAAACUCCCUCUCGAAGCAAGGACUUAAGAUCGAGUUUAUGUGCUUGCAUAAUUCACCAUUGAUUGGUCUAUCGGCAAAGGUUGAAUUUCCUUCGGCCGAUGUGAAUAGCGAAGGCCUUCCCACCACGCGAAGAACCUCGCUCUGGGCUGCUCGUACUGGGCUACGUGCGCUGGGCUGCUCGUGCUGGGCUACAUGCGCUGGGCUGCUCGUGCUGGGCUGCUCCAAGCUGGGCCACUUCUCUUUUUUGGACUCUUAG